AUGCACUUGCUCUGUUUUUGUAACCGUAGUAUAGAGGUAUGGAGUUCUUGCAAACUUUCUCUGCCUUUCAAUGUUCAAGAGUCAUGGAGUUUCUUGGAUACCUUCAGUAGACUUCGGGUUUGUUGGGAAACACAGCAAGGGAUGCUGGAGAGGUGGGUCUCGAUUUAUUGGGGCAUUUGGAAAAGUCGAAACGAGGUUCGGCUGGUAAUUGUGAGAAAUGCUCUGAGAUUAUUGGAGGAUUACCAUUCUGCCAAUGUGAAGCCAAGCCAGUCUAGUUCGAACACCCAAAACAUAGCUAUCUGGAAGCCUCCUCUACCGGGUUACUUCAAAGUCAAUAUAGAUGGAGCGUUAUUCGCAAAAUCUAAGCAAUUCGGUGUGGGUGUGAUCAUGCAUAACGAGGAUGGUAACAUGGUCGCAGCCAUGUGCAGGAAGUUGGACUUACCUCUCGGUGUGUUAGAGAUGGAAGCGAAGGCCCUAGAGAUUGGGAUGACAUUUGCCGAGGAGGUGGGACUCAGGGAUGUGGUGUUUGAAGGUGACUCGCAGCUGAUAAUCAACGUUGUUCACGGCAUUGGAGAGGCAGCGUUGUCAGUGCUGAACAUCAUACAUGGUGUGCUGCAGAAAGCUCAGUGCUUCAGGACAUUUGAUUUUCUACAUACUAAAAGGCAGGGAAAUGUCCCUGCCCAUUUGUUAGCUCAGCAUGCUCAAAAGGUUGAGAGCUUGGUAGUUUGGCUGGAGGAGUGUCCUAGUCAAGUGGCACAUGCAUGUGCAAAAGAUGUAUCUUUAUUUCAACGUUUAGUUUAA